AUGGCGACAACAACAGUUGCAGGAAACAUUGUCGAUGGCGAUGUGGUCUCGGCGGACAACGCUUACUGGCAUGCUGCCUGCUUUGUCUGUGCUGUUUGCAAGGUGCCACUGGCCCAUGCAGAGUACGUCACCCAUGGCCGCGAUCAGUACUGCCAGACCGACUUUGUGCGCCACUGCUGCUGUUUGCUCUGCUGGGACCCGCUGCCAGUCGGCAUGCCGCAGGCCCAGCCGCGAGUCCACGACUCGUGCCUGGAUCCACGCGAGGGUGAUGCCCUCUCGGCGCACGUCGCGCUCUUCCGGUCGCUCAUGGCCGAGAUGCAAGAGGUCAUCAGCGCCCGCGACAUCGGCCGCAUCUCGGACGCCACCGUCUACGUCGUCCGUAUUGCCCACGGUAUCCAGCAGCUCUGCGCACAGGCUGGCGUCGAGUACAACAUCAAGGAGCCGUGCCUCAACAUGCUUCGCCUCGUCAAGCCGUUUGUGGUGGCCUACGACCAGGCCUCACCGUCGCACAUCGAGGCAGCGUGGUCAACGUGCUCCGCCCGUUCCACCGCGGUCACCCGCGCCGUCCGCACCGCGCUUGUUGCGGUCGAGGGAGUCCGCGAACAAGCAACUGGCGUUGGCGCUGGCGCUGGCACUGGUGCUGGCGCCGCAUCACAGCCGCCGUCGCCAUCGCCGUCGCCGUCGCCGUCUGGAGCUGCGCCGCCGGUCCCACCCGCGCGGCCGACAGCGCCUCCGGUUCGACACCUCGUGGCGCUCCGCAAUCCGCGGCGGCGCAUGUCGUCCGAGCUCGACUCGCUGGUUGCCGCCGAGGCACUCGAGUCUUUGGAUGACACAGAGGCGUCGGCAAGCUCGGCGCCGCCGCGGCCGCCGCCACGGUCGCGGCCGCCGGCAGCGGUGACGUCAAUCCAGGCUGCGGCGGCACUGGCGGCCGCCACGCCUCCGGUCCUUGUCCCACCAGCGUCAGGCGAUCUCGACGACCUAGUCGAGGUUGCCGCCGAGCUCGACGACAUGCUCGGCUCGCUGUUUUGUUACAACCCGUCGGUCGACUUUGAGGAAGUCUCACGGGCGUCGCUGCAGCUCCUCGACCCGCCGUCGCCUCCGCUGGGUGCGCCGACGCUCCCACUGCCGCGGCGGCAGCGGUCGCGGAUGGAUCCACUCCGCAGCUCGCGCGAACUCCUGCAGGCCGAACUCGAGCGCGAGUUGCAAGCGCUCGGCCUCUUGCCGUCGUCGUCCUCCGACGCGCAGCCACCACCUGCGGUGCUUACCUCGACGAGCGACGCGCCUCCGCCGCCGGUUCCGCGGCGGCGGCCGAAUCGGCUGAUGGCUGCCAAGCGGCGGCGGCACCGCGCCAAGUCGCGGCGGGCCGUCAUGGUCCCGCGCGAGCUCGCUGCUGCCGGAGAGGUGCCGGCCUUUCCACCCACAUGAGUGGCGAGGCAACUGUACCAGGUGUUAUUAGAUGAGGGGAGCGCGCACGGCGUUGGCCUUUUCGCGGCGGACGUUGUCGAUCGACAUCUGAGUCCGGGCAAUGUCGUCGACGUUGGCCAGACCGCCGAGCUCGAGCGUCUCCUU